GAUGUCCAUGAGGAGCCCCGGCUCUGCCCAGCUGGCCCUGGAGGGCGUUGGCACCAUGGUGAACUGUACUGUCAAGUCAGAGGGGAGGAAGGAGCCUUGCCAGGAGGCCCUCCAGGGCUCAGCCGCUACAGCCGAACCCCAGCCUGGAGACCCAGCCCGGGCCCCUCAGGAUGGUGCUGACCCCCCAGCUCCAGCCCAGGACUGCAGCUCGCCAGAGAGCGACGGGUCCCCAGGGCCCAGGAGACCAGGAGGUCCUGCAGCUGCUUCUGGAAGCCAGGAGAAGCUGGACUUCCACCGGAACUUAAAAGAAGUUGUGCCGGCCAUCGAGAAACUGCUCUCCAGUGACUGGAAGGAGAGGUUUCUGGGAAGGAGUUCCGUAGAAACCAAAGAUGUCAAAGGGACCCAGGAGAGCCUGGCGGAGAAGGAGCUCCAGCUUCUGGUCAUGAUCCACCAGCUGUCCAGCCUGCGGGACCAGCUGCUGACGGCGCACUCGGAGCAGAAGAGCGUGGCCGCCAUGCUGCUGGAGAGGCAGCAGCAGCAGAUGGAGCUGGCGCGGCAGCAGCAGGAGCAGAUCGCCAAACAGCAGCAACAGCUGAUUCAGCAACAGCAUAAAAUCAACCUCCUCCAGCAGCAGAUCCAGCAGGUCAACAUGCCUUAUGUCAUGAUCCCAGCCUUCCCCCCGAGCCACCAGCCUCUGCCUGUCACCCCCGACUCCCAGCUGGCUUUACCCAUUCAGCCCAUCCCCUGCAAGCCAGUGGAGUACCCGCUGCAGCUGCUGCACAGCCCCCCUGCCCCCGUGGUGAAGAGGUCUGGGGCGCUGGCCGCCCACCACCCCAUGCAGGAGCCCUCCCAACCCCUGAACCUCACAGCCAAGCCCAAGGCCCCCGAGCUGCCUAACACCUCCAGCUCCCCGAGCCUGAAGAUGAGCACCUGUGGACCCCGUCCCCCCAGCCAUGGGGCCCCCACACGGGACCUGCAGUCCAGCCCCCCCAACCUGCCGUUGGGCUUCCUUGGUGAAGGGGACGCUGUCACCAAAGCCAUCCAAGAUGCUCGACAGCUGCUCCAUGGCCAUGGCGGGGCCUUGGAAGGCUCCUCCAAUGCCCCCUUCCGGAAGGACCUCAUCAGCCUGGACACAUCCCCAGCCAAGGAGCGGCUGGAGGAGAGCUGUGUGCACCCCCUGGAUGAAGCCGUGCUGGGCUGUGACAUGGAUGGUUCCCGCCACUUUCCUGAGUCCCGAAACAGCAGCCACAUCAAAAGACCCAUGAACGCCUUCAUGGUGUGGGCCAAGGACGAGCGGAGGAAGAUCCUCCAAGCCUUCCCAGACAUGCACAACUCCAGCAUCAGCAAGAUCCUCGGCUCUCGCUGGAAGUCUAUGAGCAACCAGGAGAAGCAGCCCUACUACGAGGAGCAGGCGAGGCUGAGCCGGCAGCACCUAGAAAAAUACCCUGACUACAAGUACAAGCCGCGGCCCAAGCGCACGUGCAUCGUGGAAGGCAAGAGGCUGCGCGUGGGCGAGUACAAGGCCCUAAUGAGGACCCGACGCCAGGAUGCCCGCCAGAGCUACGUGGCCCCCCCGCAGGCUGGCCAAGUGCAGAUGAGCUCCUCAGACGUCCUGUACCCUCGGGUGGCAGGCAUGGCCCUGGCACAGCCCCUGGUGGAGCACUAUGUGCCCCGGAACCUGGACCCUAACAUGCCUGUCAUCAUCAACGCCUGCAGCCUCAGGGAGGAGGGCGAGGCCACAGAAGACAGGCACUCGGUGGCCGACGGGGAGAUGUACCGGUACAGUGAGGGUGAGGACUCAGAGGGCGAGGAGAAGAGCGACGGGGAGUUGGUGGUGCUCACGGACUGACGUCGGCUGGGCGGGCCCGGGCCUCUUCCCUGGGGAAGACGUGGCCCCAAGAUAGGCACAGCCUGCCGACCUGGACCAUGUUGGUACUCGGACUUGGACAUGCCUGGGAGGUGGGCACAGCUGUGUACCUGUAGAUACAUCCGUGAUGGGAGAGGCCCCCACCCACCACAUCUGAGGAGCUGUUGGCUUAGGUGUGCAGCACUUGCAUGGUGGUAGUGGGCCAGCCACCUGAGCUCCUUAGCCUCUGCGGCUCAUGGCCAGGGGACACUGGAUGACCCCUCUUGCAGGUCUACCCAGCCCAGGGGUGUGGCAGCUCCAGACCUGUCCCCCUGGGGCCAUAUGCUUUGUCUCCAUUCUUGUCCUGGCUGGACCAGCCACUGUGGGACCAACACCCUCCCAAAUCGCCCCUCCAUCACCAGGACCACUUUGUUCUUUGAGCAAAACGGUCUAGCUUCCCUCCUGUCUCUGUUUCCUGCCGAGCCAUUUGUGCCUCUGGCUGCUCUAUGUGUGUGUGUGAUGUAUGUGUGCGUAUGUGCAUGUGUGUGUUUGCAUCUGUUCAUUCAUUGCACAAGGUAUUUAUUGAGUGCCCACUAUGUGCCAGGCUCUGUUGCUGAGUUCCUGUGGGUGCGUCUCUUGAUGCCACUCUGGCUUCUUGGGGGCCUCUUUCUGUGCUUCUUUGUCCCCAAAUUGCUACCUCUUUGUCAGUCUGGGUGUCUCAGGUUCUGUGUGUUCUGUGUGUAUCUCUGUCCUUGUUUCUCUGCAGGGCCCUUUUUGUGUCUCCCUCUCUUGGUGUCUGCCUCUGCCCUCUCAGUGCCCACUGGUCACACAGGUCUCUGUGGACCCCUGGCCUGCCCUUGGGCCCACCAGCGCCCUGAUCUCCACCGUCCACCCCUUCACUCCCUCCCCGACUCCUCUGGUCAGUUCCCACGGAGCCAUUUUUAGCUCCGAGCAGCAUGGGAAUACGCUCAGCCGCCAAGGGCCUGUGCCCUGGUACCCAGCCCCUGGUCCCAGCCUGAAUGCCUGGAGUGGGGGCAGGGGAUUGGUGGUGCCCCCUUCCUGUGUGCGACACAAGCCCUGGAGAGCGGGGCUCCCACGGCAGCUGGUCUCCAUUCCUCCCUCAUGAGCAGGGCGUGGGAGGGCCCCCCAUUCUUGGCUGGGGAGAAGGCUUGGGCUUGUCUGCCUGUUCUCUGCUCCUGCCUCAGCCCUGAUCAUUUUCACAAGUUAUUCUGCCAAGAAAAUCAAAAUCCCAUUGGCACCUGACUCCAAAGAUCCAGAACAGCCCUCGGGUAAGGGUGGGGAGGGAACCCCAAAUCCUACAGGGGCAGAUGUGGUAAGCCUGCCUGCCUCCCGUAUUCUCCCCUCACCCCCCACCCCAUGCCCAACUUCUCUCCAGGCUGUUUCUUUUUUUAUGACUGUAAACAUAGAUAGUGCUUUAUUUUGUUAAUAAUAAGAUAAUGAGUAACUUAACCAGCACCUUUCUCCUGUUUACACUCGGGGAAUUUUUUUUGUUUUCUGUUGGCAUAAUAAAAACCAUUUCAGAAUCUG